ACGAAGCAGAAGCCAGUAAGUUGCAUUCAAUUCUCUGCGGUAUGAUGUUUAGCAUGAAGUAAUCCUUAAAGCAAACGCUGUCGCCUGGGCUCAAACGUCUGAAACCGGUCGCUUCAUUCGCGGAGGUCAUAAGUAGCCCUUGGUGAUUGGACUUUAAGUAACCAUGACAUCGUUGGGACUCCGGCGAGGGCAUGCAAGAGCUUUCCAAUUCGCGCCAAAUGGCGUCCGCAGCGACUUCCGACUAUUGGAGGUCAAUGAUGAGCUGCUUGCGGAGAUAUGCAAAGACGGCGUUGUCAUCAAGGGAGGUGAGGAGGAGGAGGCGGUGCUGUGCACGUCCAAGAAGACCUUCGCUAUGAAACUGGUUGAGACGACCAACCUUCAACUUCUGGUGCGCCCCACGCAGCAAGACGAGCAGGAGAAGCCCUCGGCCACUCCUCCGGGGCGGCCGCGCGGGAUGAGUCAGGGCCUCCAGACUCAGUGGAAUAGCUUCCGCACCGCGGAAGAGAGCGCGCCUGUGGUCGUCUCCGCCACCAGUACAUCGCACAUCGAGCUUGUGGAGGUGGCCCCGCGGCUGGCGCCGCUGCGGCAGCUGCUAUGGCAGCACCCCUACGGCCUACAGGACGAGCAGGUGGCGGAGGAGGCCGGGCCCGCGGCUGGCGAGGACGGGGACGGGCAGGAGGGCGGAGGGGAUGACGGGCCGCAGCGCAAACGGCGGCGGACUGGUGCAGGCGGCGGCGGCGCGCGCGGCUACACUUUUGAAGAGCUCUUGGAGGUGGUGCAGGCCAGUCCCGAGCAGCUGCUGGCGGCGCUGGCUGCUGAGGGCGCGCUGCUGCUGCGCGGGCGCUGGCGGGCCGUGGACCGGACCUACCUGGGCGAGCUGCUGGAGCACCUGCUGCUGGCGGCCGAGCAGGAGGGCAUGCCGCUGACGGGGCUGCGCGAGGCGCCGCUGGCUGCCAGCCUGCGCGGCGACGGAUACCACCCGGCGGUGGUGGCGCACUGCCUGGGCGUGUACGGCAGCCGCGUGCUGGAGGAGCAGGGGGACAAGGAGCAGGGGGACAAGGAGCAGGGGGACAAGGAGCAGGGGGACACGGGGCGGCAAGCGGCGAGCACAUCAGGCGCGGGCGGCAGCGUCGCCGGUGUGUGGGCUCUGGACGCGACCAAGGUCUGCAUCCAUUUUGCGCACAAGGUGCUCUCGAGCGGCAGCAAUGGCGGCGGCAGCGGCGGGCUGGGGCUGGCGCUGGGGUCGGGUCGGUCCAUGGGUCUGCAGGAGUUCCUGGCCUUGUGGGGGCGUGCGGUGCCCGAGGCGCUGCAGCCCCAGCUCGGCCUGGACCUGCUGAGGGCGGAGACGCUGGUGGAAGGCACGGGCUCGGAGGCGCGCAUCAGCUCCUUCCCCUCCGCCGCGCUGCCCUCCGACCCCGCCCAGCGCUUCUCGCUGCUAUUUACGGUGCGGCCGCGAUGGGCCUGGACCGAUCUGGAGCCGUUCCUGGCGGGGAUCAAGGUGCCGGGCCAGUCGGCCGAGGCAGUGCUGCUGCGCUUCGCCCGCGCCAGCCAGGCCACACCCGACUCGCCGCUCAUGUACACUGCCCGGUAAUAGCAGUUGGGGCGCAGGAAGGCAGGCAUGGGGCAGGAAGGCAGCCAGGGAGGGUGGAAGUGCAGGUGGCAAGGGGGCGGCUAGAGGCGGCAGCUGGAGGCGAGGAAGGACAGCUGGCACCGGUUGAGAUGAUGGAGCAGAUGCUACGGUAGCAGCAGGAGUACAAUGGCGAAUGAGGGAAAGAGGCCCGAAGCAGGACAAUCCCGCUGGAUGGGUCGCGUGUGGCUGGGUGAAGGAGGGAGGAUGGGUGAAGGGUAGCGUGCCCUCCUCGAGGCGGCAGGCUUCGUGCAAGCGGGGUGUGUCAGAGUGCGUACCGGCAGGCCAGGAAGCAGGCCAGGAAGUGCCUGGUAACUUGGAGCUGUGAAGCUGCGUGUAAAAGUCUGAGUAC